GCAAUGGCGGCCGCGUUCCGGUGUCUGGAGCGCGUCGUGGUGCAGGCGCCGCGGGCUUCGGGCUGCUCGCGCUGCCGCUACCGCGGGCCCUGCUCCGUGGGAGCUAAAAGAUACUUACUUACAGAUAAUAUUGUGAAAUUAAAAGAAUUUCAACAGAAGAAAGUGAUUGUUGCCUAUAAUCUUCCUGGUUCCAAAGCAGCCUACUUUAGAAAACUGGAAGACAAAUUGAUCCAGAACAAACUCAUCUUGAAGGAAGAGUUGCAAACUUUGCUUCAUUUGUGUCAGUCCCAGGAUGAUGUGGAGCUAGCAAAAAAUGUCAUUUACAGGUACCAUGCGGAGAACAGAAAUAUCACCGUGGGGCAAUAUAAGUUUGGACCACUUUUUAUGAGGCUGUGUUACGAGUUGAAUCUUGAAGAGUCGGCAGUGGAGCUCAUCAAAGACCAGCGUUUACAAGGUUUCUUCUCCGAUCCCACAUCUUUCAAUAUUUUGAUGGAUAUGUUAUUUAUCAAAGGCAAAUAUGAAAGUGCGCUGGAAGUAUUGCUAGAGAUGAAAAACCAAGAUGUGAAUUUCAUCAAAGAUACCUAUGUGCUUGCAUUUGCAAUUUGCUACAAACUGAAUAGCCCAGAAUCUUUUAAAAUCUGUAAUACAUUAAGAGAAGAAGCCUCAAUGAAAGGAGAUAUUCUCUCCAGGAGAGCAAUGUGCUUCACUGUGGCAUUAGCGCUGAAACAGAAUGAAGUGGAAAAAGCUAUGUCCAUUUUCUCCAAAAUUGUAAAUCCAGAGAGUAUAACCUGCAGUAAUUUAAAUAUUGUAAUCUACAUCCAGUCAAAUAUGUUAGAAGCCCUGAUAGAGAUGCUACAGGGUGCUGCAGAAGGAAAUUUAUCAAAGUUUGUGAAAAGAUACAAGUUCUCAGAGGAAGUGCUGGCCAAAGUAAAGGAGAAAGUGAAAGAUGUGCCCUCCCUCGUGGCCAGAUUUGAUGAGAUCUAUGGGAAACUGCACAUCAAUGGCCAGGUCACCACGCACACGUUGGAUGCUCUGCUCUGCCACACCCCAAAGGACAAGACAUCCCACACAUUGCUACUAAACCAGAAGACUAUCAGCCAUCGGACUUUCCAGCCCCUCAGCCGGUCCCUGCUGGCUGAGUAACUCUUUGUAAGCUUCCUAUAGGUCUGAGGGGCCUGAGAGGCGAGGCAUCUCACAUCACGAGACACUUGGCUAGCGCCUGGCCUCCUGCCUAAGCUCCACGUCCAUCGAGUGGCGUCGCGCUGAUGAGUGGGGCCAGGACGCUGCGCCGCUGAGCUGCCGUGCCAAGGGAGUUGCGGAGCUCCCUCCGAAAGGCGGCCCUUCCGUACCAACUGCCGAGGGAAGAGCAGGGCCCCGUUUCCAGUGCAGACCCCAACUAGGUGUCAUUGGGAAGGCUUUUCACCGGACGCCUAGUCAGCCCCGACCAAAUUUGCAAGGGAGGGAUUACUUGGAACAUUAUACCUCGCUGAAUAUAGACCUGAAAGCCUAUCCCGCCGUGAUGGGAAAUCACCAAGGAGUGUUUCACCCUUCGCCAUCAUUCACCCGUGAUCCCAAGCAGGGUGCUUCGGCCCUCACGUCCCAUCUGCAAAACAGUGGUGCCUGUGUGUACUGGCAUACUGGUUUGAAACUGCCACUUGAGGUUCAGUAGGGCUAAACUCUGCUCAGUGAAGGAAAUAAAAAAAUACCUGAGCA